AUGCGCAAUUGGCUGACUCACAGGCCUCCCGCUCUUUGUGACUUCCGCGAGUGUGCAGCCUCCCACCCCCUCCUGCCGUGCCGUUGCCAAGAAACGGAAAGGAGCUGUGGCGGCGUGACCUACCGGCAGGCUGGAGUAGAUCGUGGAGGCAGGCCGGGGAGAGGGACGGAGUGUAUGUUCGUGUGGGCAUCAGCGUGGGCAGCCCGUCACAGGCAGUGAGUUGACACAUACAAAAAUACCAGAAGCCUUAUGAAACAGCUGCAUGAGAAUAAAGCUGGGGGCCAGCCCCGUAAGAAGAAUUCCUCUGGUAAGAACAGUAGGACGCCGACAGUACAGACUCCAGAUGACAGUGGGCAGGUCAGUAUCUUAAAUCGAACACUCUUGGCCCAAAAACGAUCUCUACAAGGUUUGAGCAGCAUGGCAGGUGCUGCUGCAGGAAGUGCCGAUGAUGCCAAAAGACCAAAGCUCUUGCCUGAAGUGAAUUCACCUAGCCAAGAAUCUGAAGAGGAGUCAGAUGACAGCGAUUAUGAGAGAGUGGAGAGUGAUAAUGAUGCCAGUGAUACUACAGAGAGCAGUGAAGAUGAUGGGGAUGAAACUGGAAGUGAUGCAUCAGAAAGUGGUAAUGAAGACACUGAAGAAACUGCAGGCCAGCUUUCAAGGCCUGAUUUAACAAAAGAAUUGUCUUCAAUGUCUUUUGGGGAGCUGUUACAAAUGAGAAACCAAGUUGGGAUGAAGGCUUAUCAGCAAAUGACAUCUAAGAAAAGGCUACCAGAUGUCACAAAAACAAAGAAGAGGCCGUGUUUGAGCAAAAACAGGCCUUUGGAAACUUCAGCCAAACUGCCAGUACCUUUUUUGCGACAAGUUGUGCCCGUUAAGAAAAAGGUGUCCAGAGAUCCUCGUUUUGAUGACCUCUCUGGGGAAUAUAAACCAGAAGUGUUUGAAAAAACAUAUAGUUUCUUAAAUGAUGUGAGGAAGAAGGAGAAAGAGGUUAUUCAGAAGCAACUGAAGAAAAGUCAAAAUGUGGAAGAGCAGAACAAAUUGCAGCAGCUCCUUAAGCGAAUGACACAACAGGAAGAAGCACAGAGAAAAUGCCAGAAGAAGAGAGAAAAUUCCCUGGCAUUCAAGAGGCAGCAAAGAGAGCUGGCCAAGCAAGGAAAGAAGCCUUUCUUCCUAAAGAAAUCUGAAAUGCAGAAAUUGGAACUUGCUGAGAAAUACAAAGAACUGAAGAAAAGUGGGAAGUUGGAGAGUUUCCUGAACAAGAAGAGGAAAAGGAAUGCUGCUAAGGAUAAAAGGAGACUCCCUUUUCGGAAGGAUAGCUAAUGUCUGGCUACCCCCCUCAAAAGAAGACUUCAGCUACAGAUUCAUACUUUGUCAAUUAUACAGGCAACUCUAGGAAAGAUGGCCUCUUGAGCUUUAAGCCAGGCAGUAAGGGUAAAUAGCCAGGAAUCAUCCCACAAUUCAGGAUACUCUGCCAAGUAAUUUAUGUCUGCUGGGAAAAAAAAUAUUGUUGUGCAAAAUUAUGUUAUUUCAAUUUCACAAGCACCUCUUAAACUUUGAAAAAUGAAUAUUUUUAGUGAUUACAUUUCCUGCUGCUUGUUCUUUUCUUUUUAGGGCAAGAAGUAAUAGAUCCCUAUCAAUCUGAUUUUGGUCCCCUCUGCUUUUCCCAAAAAUGAUCUUCCUCAUUAGUCCUGCUUGAUUGUGGUUCUAGCUGUUUUAUUUGCAGAGCUUAACAGAAUAACAAUAACUGAUGCUUAAUGAAUUUCCCAGUGAACAGCAGCUCCAUCUUCUUAAACUUUGGUUAGGGACAACUGUUUUUUGUUUGGGUUUUUAUUGUAAUAUGAAUGCAUUUACUUUUACCGCUGAAGCGGACUACGAGCAGUCCAUGUUUUUAGCAGAUUUAUAGAAAAAUUGUAUAAACAUAUAGAGAGUGUUACUAUACAGUAUGAUACUGCAAUUUACAUUUUGACUGAGUUUGCUGGAUCUCUAAUUAGUAUCAUUGUUUCACUCGGUGUAUUUAAAAAUAAAUUUGUUAAUUUUAUAAAGUAAA